GAGCAGUGUGUGUAAGUCUGCACUCAGCAUCUGAACCAGUGAGCCAUGGGUCACCGAAGCGGAGCGUGUGAACUUGACCACUAUGCCACUGGGCCAGCCCCUCCCUGUCUUAAUUUUCUAACUCCCCAAUUGUUCAGUAUUUAGAUUAAAGAGCUGGGAAACAUAUUACCACUAUAGAAAGAAUGGCACACUGGAAUCCCAUGCACUUAUCACUUAUCUUUAUCAUUUGCCAACUCAUGGCCCCCACCCCCUAGAUUAUUUUGCAGCAAAUCCAGACAUCAUAUCAUUUCAUCUAUAAAUUGUAAGUGUACUGUUACAAGACAGAUUUACUGUUUGUAAUUAUCUUAUAUUGGAACAAAACCUGCUCUAAUUGACUUUGCUUUCAAAGAUGGUUAGUUUAUUAGGAUAGAGGAGUCAAUAAUUAAAUUUUGUUUUUAUUUGAUACACAGGAGUCCAGAUCUUACGUAAAAUGGAUGUUUCUCACACUAAAUACUGAAUAUUAAAUAGAAAAUCUAUUUAGUAAAAUCUAAGCUGCCAUGGAAGAAAUACCAGUAAAAGUUGCUGUAAGAAUUAGGCCUCUGCUGUGCAAAGAAGUUCUUCAUAAUCAUCAAGUUUGUGUGAGAGUUAUUCCAAACACUCAACAAAUUAUCAUUGGGAGAGAUAGAGUCUUUACUUUUGAUUUUGUUUUUGGCAAAAAUUCCACUCAAGAUGAAGUUUAUAAUACCUGUAUAAAGCCACUUGUGUUGUCACUCAUUGAGGGCUAUAAUGCAACUGUUUUUGCCUAUGGACAAACUGGAUCUGGGAAGACAUACACCAUUGGAGGAGGCCAUGUUGCUUCAGUUGUGGAGGGUCAAAAGGGUAUCAUUCCUCGAGCUAUCCAAGAGAUAUUUCAAAACAUCUCUGAAAACCCUAGCAUUGACUUUAAUAUAAAAGUAUCCUAUAUAGAAGUAUACAAGGAAGACCUAAGAGAUCUUCUAGAAUUGGAGACAUCUGUGAAGGAUCUUCACAUCCGAGAAGAUGAAAAAGGAAACACAGUGAUUGUUGGGGCCAAGGAGUGCCAGGUGGAGAGUGCUGAUGAAGUGAUCAGUCUCCUGGAAAUGGGGAAUGCGGCCAGGCAUACCGGUACCACUCAAAUGAACGAGCACUCCAGUAGAUCACAUGCAAUUUUUACAAUCAGCAUUUGUCAAGUGGAGAAAAAUGUAGAGGCAACUGAAGAUGGAUCGUGCUAUUCCCGUCGGCAUAUUGUCUCAAAGUUCCACUUUGUGGAUUUGGCUGGAUCAGAAAGAGUAACCAAAACAGGGAAUACUGGUGAACGGUUCAAAGAAUCCAUUCAGAUCAAUAGUGGGUUGCUGGCUUUAGGAAAUGUAAUAAGUGCUCUUGGGGACCCGCGCAGGAAGAAUUCACAUAUUCCAUAUAGGGAUGCUAAAAUUACCCGGCUUCUGAAAGAUUCUCUGGGGGGCAGUGCCAAGACUGUCAUGAUCACUUGUGUCAGCCCAUCCUCCUCGGAUUUUGACGAGUCCUUAAAUUCUCUCAAAUAUGCCAACAGAGCACGCAACAUUAGAAACAAACCCACCUUAAACUUCAGCCCAGAGUCAGACCGAAUGGACGAAAUGGAAUUUGAGAUUAAGUUGCUUCGAGAAGCUUUGCAAAGCCAGCAGGCUAGUAUCAGCCAAAGCAGCCAGAUCCCUCGAGAGGGGACUCCUGAUAAAAAUAGGAUCCAUUCUCUUGAGGAGCAAGUAGCUCAGCUACAAGGAGAAUGUCUGGGGUACCAAAAUUAUAUAGAGGAAGCCUUUACAUUCCUAGUGGACUUAAAAGAUGCUGUGAGACUAAACCAAAAGCAGCAACACAAACUACAGGAGUGGUUUAACAUGACCCAGGACGUCAGGAAGGCAAUUCUCACCUCCUUCAGAGGAAACCAAGGCAAUGGAAACCUGGAAGAGGAACCACAGCAUAUUACAAUUCUCCAGCUGAAGCGAGAGCUUAAGAAAUGCCAGAAUGAAAAAAUAAUAGAACAACAACUUCUUGUGGAUCAACUGAGUGAAGAACUAACAAAACUUAACCUGUCAAUGACUUCUUCGGCUAAGGAAACUUGUGGAGAUGGGCCAGAUGCCAGGAUAUGUGAAGAGAGACCAUAUACUGCACCAUUUGAUACUCGUUUGGGGCAUUGUAUUUAUAUCCCAGCAAGAUCAGAUUCCAGGAAGGUCUACACGAGUCCUUCUGUGUACUCUCUGGAUCGAGUAGUUGCUGGAUUUCGAACACGAAGUCAGAUGCUGCUGGGUCACAUAGAAGAACAAGAUGAAGUCCUCCACUGCCAAUUUUCUGAUAACAGUGAUGAUGAAGAAUCAGAAGGCCAAGAGAAGUCUGAAAUUAGAUGUAGAAGUCACCCAUGGAUUCAAAAGCCAUUCAAAAAGCCAGGGUCUGUCUGUUCUCUUGUUGAGUUGAAUGAUAUUCAGGAUCAAACACAAAAGUCAAGUUUGGGGAAUGAAGAUUUACAGAUUGACUAUCUCCAGGAGAGUCAGGAGUUGAAUUUGCAAAAAUUAAGGAAUUCAGAACUCAUACUUACUGAAGCUAAACAAAAAAUGAGAGAACUUACAAUUAAUAUCAAGAUGAAGGAAGAUCUGAUUAAAGAAUUACUAAAAACAGGUAAUGAUGCCAAGUCUGUAAGCAAACAGUAUUCUCUGAAAGUAACAAAACUUGAGCACGAAGCAGAACAGGCGAAACUGGAAUUAACUGAAACACAAAAGCAGCUACAGGAACUGGAAAACAAAGAUCUUUCUGAUGCUGCUUUGAAAGUAAAAUUACAGAAGGAGUUCCGUAAAAAGAUGGAUGCUGCAAAGCUAAGAGUCCAGGUCUUACAGAAGAAGCAACAAAAUAGUAAGAAAUUGGCAUCAUUGUCGAUCCAAAAUGAGAAACGUGCUAAUGAACUAGAGCAGAAUGUAGAUCACAUGAAAUAUCAAAAGAUACAGCUGCAAAAAAGACUUCGAGAAGAAAAUGAAAAAAGGAAGCAACUGGAUGCAGAAAUUAAGCAGGAUCAACAAAAAAUCAAAGAACUAAAGUUAAAAACAGAACAGGAAGAAGGUCUGAAACUGAAAGCUGAGGAUCUUGAUGCAUUGAAGAUGAAAAGGAGAAAAGGUUCGUUUGGAAGUAUAGACCAACUCCAGAAAUUGGAUGAGCAAAAGAAAUGGUUAGAUGAAGAAGUAGAGAAAGUUCUAAACCAACGCCAAGAAUUAGAAGAGCUGAGAGAAGACUUAAAGAAACGGGAGGCCAUAGUUUCUAAGAAGGAGGCCCUGUUACAGGAGAAGAGCCACCUGGAAAAUAAGAAGUUGAGAUCUAGUCAGGCCUUAAACAUAGAUAGUUUGAAAAUAUCAACUCGCCUGAACUUGUUGGACCAAGAGUUGUCUGAAAAGAAUGUGCAGCUCCAGAGCAGCACUGCUGAGGAGAAAAUAAAGAUUUCAGAACAAGUUCAAGUCCUCCAGAAAGAAAAGGAUCUGCUGCAGAGACGAAGAAACAGUGUGGAUGAGAAACUUAAAAAUGGUAGCGUGUUAUCACCUGAAGAAGAACAUGUUCUUUUCCAACUUGAAGAAGGAAUUGAAGCUUUGGAAGCUGCAAUUGAAUACAAGAAUGAAAGUAUCCAGAGUCGCCAGAACUCACUCAGAGCUUCAUUACAAAACCUUUCUCAUAGUGAAGCAGAUGUCUUGGAAAAACUAAUUUGCCUGAACCCUAUUGAAAUUAGAGCUAUUCUUUUCAGAUAUUUCAAUAAGGUGGUUAAUUUGAGAGAAGCUGAACGGAAACUACAGUUACAGAAUGAAGAAAUUAAAAUGAAGGUUCUUGAACGGGAUGAUAUGGUUCGUGAGUUGGAAUCUGCACUGGAACAUCUGAAAUUGCAAUGUGACCGGAGACUGACCCUCCAGCAAAAGGAACACGAACAAAAAAUGCAGUUGCUUUUACAUCAUUUCAGAGAGCAAGAUGGGGAAGGCAUUACAGAAACUUUAAAAACAUAUGAAGAUAAAAUACAGCAGCUGGAAAAAGAUCUUUAUUUCUAUAAGAAAACCAGCAGAGAUCUUAAGAAGAAACUUAAGGAACUGGUAGGAGAAGCAGCUCGACGGCAACUGGUACCAUCAGAACAUCAUGAUGCUGGAGAUGGAGUUCUGAACCCAGAAGAAGCAAGCAUGGUUUCAGAAGAAUUAAAAUGGGCAUCCAGAACUGAACAUAUGAAAUUAAGUGGAAGAGACAGAGAAUUAGACAGUUCAGUAAGCAGCUUAAGAACAAAACCAAAUCUUCAGAAGCCCUGGGAAGAUGGACCAGAAUUACCUCCAAUUUAUAGCUCUUUAGCACCCACUAGUGGGUAUUUGUUUAGCACUGAGGAUAAAACAGAAAUAGAUGAAAAUCAGUUUACAAAAUCUCAUAGUCGACCAUCACCCCAAAUUCAGCCAGUGGGAAAUGUGGGACAGCUUCAUGGUGUCACGCCUGUAAAGUUGUGUCGCAAAGAGUUACGUCAGAUUUCUGCCUUGGAACUAUCAUUACGACGUUCCAGUCUUGGAGUUGGGGUUGGAUCUAUGACUGCUGAUUCCAUUGAAGUAGCUAGGAAACCGAGUGACUUAAAAACUUAGGCGUUUAAUAAUAGAACUUUAAAUUUAGUAGAUGUGUAAGAUUCCUUUCUCUAACCUGUUAAAGCUUAGGCUCACUCGCUCUUCCUUCAGGAUAAAGGAAGAAGGAGAGGAAGGAAUCGCUAAUUGUUUGUAUACCAUAGAUGUGUAUAUCUUCUAUAGUAUAUUUGGGGAGUUUUAAUUUGCAUUUCCCUAAUAACCAAACAAACACGUUUUCCAGUACUAUCAAGUAAUGGAACAUUUAAAUAUUUCCACUUAUAAAUUUACUUAAAUUUUUUUCCAGGUAUAUUUGAAGAACAAAACUAAGAGUAGAAUAAUAAACUAAAAAAUCCAUAAAAUGUACAUUAUUAUAUAAUAUAAAAGUAUAUUAUAUUGUAAAAGUAUGUUAUAAUACAAUAAUAUAAGUUUGUAUUAUUGUUAUUCUCAAAUACAAGUAUAUUUUUGUUAUUUUAAAAAGAUCCAGUUAAAUAUUGCUUGUGUCAGAAAGAGUCACUUGCUGCAUAUGUUUUGGCACAGCUGAAAAUUUAUGCCAAAAUGCAGUCUGUGGGCUAAGGCAACUGGCUAGGUUUAUGGAUUAAAGUUAAUUUAUGGUCCUCAGAACGCACAGAGUUGAGUGAUCAGUUUUGACUUUUUAAACAUGGUCUCUGCUCUUUGUCUGGAAUUAUUUUUAGAAUAGUAUUGGUUUGUUACUAUUUGGGAUAUAUGUUUUCAUCUCUUUCCUGCCCUGUCUAUUCAACAUGUCUCUCAAUAUGCUACUAAAAUUGGGAGAAAUGGAUGCAGUCCCAUGGAAGAGGGAAACGAUAGAAUAACACUAAAGCAUUCUGACAUUUCAAGGAAAAGGUGUCUGGUCACAUGGAGUACACCUGUAAAGCUUAAAGUCUAGCCAGAGGAUCUGAUGGGCUUAAUCUGAGAUUUUUCUCUACAAUCUGCUUAGUCAGGACUUGCACACAGACCGGCCAGACACUGGGGUUGUAAAUAUGUAAAUAAACAUUUUUCUUCAAGAUUUUUUUCGUCCAAACCUUAUUAUAUAAUAUAAACUUCAGUUUGGAAUUAAGAACUAAACGUUGAUUUGGCCAACAAGUACAGUUUGGACUUUUUCAUCAUAUUUUUCAAUCAUAGAAAACAUCCCAUUAUAAUGACCAGAGGUAUUAUUUUGUUACUUAUGUUAUUUUUGUUACUUUUCUAAACUUGCACUUGUAAAAUAAAAUUGUUUCUUAAACUAAUUAAUGUUUGUGGGGGGCAGUAGCCAGACCACCCUGACUUAUGGAUGCCUACUCAAUUAGAGUCACCCACUUCCUUGCUGACUCCUUUUUUUCUUAUCUGAUGCUGCUACUAAUUUUUUUCUUUGGUCCUUUUCUCUGUUGCUAUUGACCUUGACCAUCUUACCUAAGACUCAAACUAUCACCUAUGCUCAAAGACUUAAGGUUUUGUUUUUCUAGUUUCUAGCCCCAUGGGAGUAGGGUUCCUCGGUCCCAUUGCUCAAAACCAGUUCCUAUAGAAGAGAACCAAAACAAAACAAACUUCUAAAUUGGUGAAUAGUUUCUGUCUCUCUUAAACAUGGUACUAAAAUUCAGUUAAAUUAUGGCUUAAAUACACUUUGUGGACUUACUUGGGAACUGAACCACAAUUUAUAACAAUGAGAAAUUGCUUCAAACAACAAAUUUACAAACUAACUUAGAAAUUUUAUUUUUAACGGACUAUUUGAAGUCAGAUUCUUUUUUUUAAGCUAGUUUCCUCUUUUGCCUUUGGUUUGUAUGAUAUAUAUCAUAUAUAUCAUAUAUAAUGUAUAGAUAUAUAAAAUGGCAAAAGGCCAGUGCCUUAACAAGGCACAGCAAUUAUAUAUUUAUUAAUAAAUACAUAUUUAUUAAUGAAGGUCUUACUUGUAAAUUCCCUAUAAGAUUAAGUAAUAAUUUAGAAAUAAUUCAUAAGAGUGUAUUCUGACACUGGAACCUUGCUUGCCUACUCAAUUGACACAUAUUUGUUUUACCUGUGGAAAUAUAAACACAUUUUCUAAAAGGCAGCUUAGUAACAAAGCAAGAAAAUUUGUAUCAAACUAACAAUGAUUAGAUUUGAUAAUGCAAGUGUGAACUGACUUCUAAAUAACAAAGGUACAAUUUUUUUGUUUUUGGUUAAACAUAUAUCCUUUGUAUGCUAUGAUGGAUUUCAUAUACAUACACAAACACAUAUACAUAAAUAAUGAUAAUGUCCUGAGUAAUAUGUUCUGGAAGUGAACCUCUUGUUAAUCUAGUUUAGUCAGUGCCCUCACAAAGGAAAGAAAAAUUAAGGUAACUCCCCCAAGGCAAAUAAAAUUAAUUUUUUACACAUACUAAUAAUUAAUUUUACUCUUCUGUUUCACAUGCUUUACUUAGUCUAAACAUUUUGUCAUUGUGCUUGCCUUUUUGCAUGCAUUUAAAAUAUGUUUGUGGUUUUCUUUUUUUGUUCAUUAUGGGUUUUUUGCCCACCUCUAACAGCAUUUGAAAGGAACCAUAUUUGCCUCCAUACAUUACUAGUUCCUUCUCUGUCUCCGGUGUGCUGCAGAUAGCAGAGUUGGAGAAUUCCGUAAGUUUGGGAGCCAUGGGUGGCGAGAGCAUCAGUGAAGGUGCUUUUGUGCUUCAAUGUUGGUUUUCUUUUGCUUAUGGUUUUGGAUUUUUUUUGUCUUUCAAUUCUUCAUGUCUUCAUGAACUCAGGAUCCAAGGAAUCAGCAAAAAUACACAUGAUCUUCAAGAAUAUGGACUUUAUUGCCACUAACCAUUGGUUGUUUGUAUUAGUCCAGGUCAAUAAAGUGCUAAAUGCUUA